GAUGCUGGAAAUCCCCCUUCCUGCUCAGCAAACGACGCCCUGGUCUCCAUUUUUCGAUCUCAUUCAUAGCCUACUAAUUCGGUGAUUGGGUUAACGCCUCUACGGCCAUUCUUGUCCUCGACCAAGUCAAUGGCGACUUCGAACGUUGACACGCGGAGAGUUCUCCGUGAGGGGCAGACCCCUCCGAAUCUCACUCCGCAAAUACUCCGUGAAGGCUAAGGCUCUGCUAAGAAAUACUAUUUAAAGUCGAAGGACGCGUCCAUACUUCACUUUCUUUGAGAGGCAGCGAUAUUUUAUAUUGUCUUAGGAAUCAUGAGCGCACCUUUGACGAACUACAUUGCCUUUGUGGGCAGCGGCAACGCGCCGCGCAUUGGUCAUCUCAAUGUCGCCGAAAACACCAUUCAGCCUCUUUCUUUCGCAUCAGGGACUCCGUUGAGAGACCUUUACCAGGUGAUCGAAGCCGGUGAAGAGAACAUCACUGCGAUUGGAGAGCCUCUUCCUGCAGACUCCGUCAAGCUUCUUCCUCCCAUCAGCGGUCGUGAUAUCCUUGCAGUCGGGAAGAACUACGCCGAGCACGCAAAGGAAUUCAACAGCUCCGGUUACGACAGCUCAGACAAAGUCGACCAGCCUACUCACCCUGUCAUUUUCACGAAGCGGGCCACUUCGAUCAUUGCACAUGGCUAUCCUAUCUUGCCUCAUCCCGAGUUCACCCAGACGCUGGACUAUGAAGGAGAAAUUGGAGUUAUCCUGGGUAAAGGAGGGUACAGAAUCAAGGAAGAAGAUGCUUUGAGCCAUGUCUGGGGCUAUACCAUCAUCAACGAUGUUACCGCCAGAGAGAAGCAAAGAGACCACAAGCAAUUCUUCAUCGGGAAGUCUGCAGAUACUUUCUGUCCAAUCGGCCCGAUCGCAGUGCCAGCGAACCAUCUUCCGAAAGUCCUUCGUGUACAGACAUUUGUCAACGGACAGGAAAGACAAAAUGGAACCACCGAUGACCUGAUCUUUUCGGUACCUGUCUUGAUUAGAACGGUCUCUGAAGGUCAAACCCUUCAGCCCGGAGAUGUAAUCGCAACAGGGACUCCCGCCGGUGUAGGAUUCGGACAAAAUCCACCCACGUUCUUGAAACCAGGAGAUGAAGUGGAGAUCAAAGUAACCAAUCUGGGCUCUCUGCGAAACAAGAUUGCGCCAGUGGGCACCGAUAAUGCAACAGUCGCCCUUGUACAGGAAGCAUCCAAGUCUGCCGUGCCGGUUACGAACUUUUCAAAGUCAGUCAACGGAAUCAGCUUGACCAAGAUAAACGGAAAAGCGCUGUAUUAUCAGACACGGGGAAGUGGCUCCCCCAUCGUAUUUGUCCAUGGUUUGGGCGGCACGCAGGACUUCUACACUCCAUUGAUCGGAGCAUUGUCUCUGGACAAGUCUCAUGCGCUGCAUCUGUUCGAUCUUGAAGGCCAUGGUCUUUCUCCCACGUCUGCGCUCUCUACUUUGACUAUCGACUCCUUCGCCGCCGACGUGAAGGGAGUCUUUGAUCAUGCAGGGAUCUCAUCUGGAGCUACCUUAGUCGCACACUCCAUGGGCUGUCUGGUGGCUCUGUCCUUUGUCCUUAAGAAUCCCGGCCUUGUCAGCAAAUUGAUCCUGCUGGGACCACCACCAAACCCUCUUCCAGAAGCAGCUAGUAACGGUUCUAUCGUCCGCGCUGCACUCGUCAGAGAGAAGGGAAUGGCAGCAGUUGUCGACGCCGUGGCUACAGCUGGUACUUCAGAGGCAACAAAGGCUAGAAAUCUUGUUGGAUUAGCUGCUAUCCGCUUAUCCUUACUUGGACAGGAUCCAGAGGCGUAUGCCAAGGCCUGCACUGCUCUUGCCGGUGCAACGAGUGCUUUGCCUCUCGAUAAAAUAGACAGUGAGACUCUUAUUGUGACUGGCAGCGAGGACAAAGUGAGCCCUCCCGCACUUUGCAGCAAGUAUGCGUCGACUAUUCCAAACAGUCGCGAGGCUGUGGUGCUGGAAAAUGUCGGCCAUUGGCACGUCUUUGAGGAUGUCCAAGGCGUAGCAACUGCUGUCAAGGGGUUUAUCUAGAAAAGUGGCUAAGUGUACUCACUGCUGCUCAGAGACAUGUAGAUAGUGAAACACAGAGAGGGAACAUAGAUAGGUUACCAAUAGACGGCACAAUCUGCCGAUUUCGAAUGAGGAUGUUAUAUCGAG